AUCUGUCGAGAGGCGUCUGCAGAGGUGAAUAAAGUUAAUUGGUUCCCUGAGGCUUUGUUUUUUUUCUUCUAAAUUCAGCUUUUCAUGCCGUCUGCUACACCUGCUUGCCAAUGGGCGCGGCUGGGACCGAUGCCCAAAUCUCUGUUUUGACUUGCCUGGGAAAGUUGGGCUAAAACGCACAAAGGGACCGAGGAUCGGUAGGACAUCCCACCCCAGCGCGUCAACUUGGUAUAAACACAUUAUCUCUCCCGUGGACGCGAACAGUCGCUCCAUCUCGAGAGGAACCCGGAUUGAUUGUUUGUUGCUCGAGUUGGCUGAAGAUAAAAUGGGAUGGACGAGUUAACAAGACAGAUCGACUUCUCAGGAGGCUUGUCAGGAGAAAGGGUUGUGACAGAAACAGUAACCUCCACCACCAGACUGUCUUCUCUGCCACCAAAGGGAACCAGCGGAUCAAAUCACAGGAAUAUGUCCAGCAGUGCUGGAGGGCUGGGUUUGGAGAAGAAUGUCUUAACCCAGAACAGCAGUGGAACUUAUUUCUCCUCAUCCUCUGUGGGAGUGAACACCAGCAGCUUCAGCUCCUCCUCGGGAGUUUACCUCGGGGGAGACUCCUCAGGAAUUGAUGGAGGAGGGAUCUUCAUAGACGGAGAGGGAUAUGGAGGAGGAGGAGGAGGAGGAGGAGGAAGGGGAGGAGGAGGAAGGGGAGGAGGAGGGGGAGGAGGAGGAGGAGUAACUGGAGGAGGAGGAGGAGGAGUAGGAGGAGGAGGGAGAAGCGGCGGCGGAAGUUAUCUUGUGAGUUCGGUGUCAAAGGUCAGGUCCAGCUCGUCUGGCGGUACCAGGAGAACUCAGACAGCCGGCUCAUCAGGCCUGUCGCCAACUUUCCGGGAGAGGAAAACGAUAUCCAGCCGCUCAGGAGGUUACGAUGGAAGUUCCAGCGCUAAUUCCUCCCCAGAGUUUUCACGCAAAGAUUAUGGAGUCUAUUGCUCCAGCACCACAAGAGGGAGGAGCGAAAGCAGAGAGAGCGAGAUCAGAGCCAGAUUACAGAGUGCCUCUCCCAGUGCCAGCAGAUGGACGGAGCUGGACGACGUGAAGAAGCUUCUGAAGGGACGCUCCUGCAGCGUCAGCCCGACUCGCUCCAGCGCCUCAAUCACCCUGCCUGUCCCUAAAAAGGCCAGCGUGGAAACCAAGACUAUCUCAGUGGCCUCUCAGUCGGGUUCCUAUGGCUCUGGUGUUAGAUCAGCCGGGUUCCACACCAUUGAUACAUCUGGCUUUUAUGACGCUGGUUUGACAUCUGGGCGGGUUGAUACUGGUGUAAACUCAAGCCAGUAUGAUGUCACCGUGACAUCAGACCAAUAUGAUACUGGUGUGAAACCUGGCCAGUAUGCUGUUGGUUUAAAAUCAGGACAGUUUGAUACUGGUGUAAAAUCAAGCCAGUAUGACGUCACUGUGAAAUCAGGCCAGUAUGAUACUGGUGUGAAGUCAGGACAGUACGACAUUGGUUUGAAAUCAGGACAGUAUGAUACCGGCAUAAGAUCAGCCCAGUAUGAUACCGGCGUUAGAUCAGCCCAGUAUGAUGGAAGUCUGAGAUCAGGCCAGUAUAAUGGCAGUGGGAGAUCAGGUCAGUAUGACACACUGGACGCCACACUUCCUACUUUCUCCUGGUCCACCACCACGCUGCCCUCGGCCUCCACCACGGUGAUCGCUGCCAACACCAGCAGCUACGCAUACCAGGCCGGGAACAACAACAUGUCGGGAGGAACCGCCCCAGUCGGUCUCACCUCACCCUCCUCCCUGUCAGUUUACGGCUUCCAGAAUAACCUGGCUUCCACCUCUCCCACUGUGCUCACCACCAGUGGAGGAAACGUGACUGCUAACCUAGGAGGUUAUGGCGUUCAGAAGAACUUGUCAAAUGGUGGGGGAGUCGUCAGCAGUGGAGUCUCUUCAACCACUAGAACACAAGCUGAUGAUUCAUAUAAGAGAGACUAUAAGUACCUGAUCUCUGACAAGGAGAACGUGGCGGCCAAGAGAGAUGCAGACAUGCUGAUCAUGGCUAAAGACAGCGGGAAGCAGUUCACCACCAGCAGUGUUAAGAUGAGCGGAGGGUCGCUGUCAGGAGAUUCGAUAAAGAAAGAGAAGCUUAUUUCCAGCUACGUUGAGACAGCACCACUGAAGACAGAGUCUGGCAACUCUUACUAUGGGUCAUCUGGAGUUGUGAUGAAAGACAAAUCAACCUAUGCAGAGAUCGACAGGGACAGUGGGAUCUUCGGAGGUGGUGGAGGAUUCUGCUGCUGCUCUGAUGCGUGUUGCUCCUGGUGGAAAUGGCUGCUGGGUCUUCUCCUCCUGUCCCUGCUCCUGCUGGGACUCUUGUUUGGUCUCAUUGCACUGGCUGAGGACGUGAGAAAGCUGAAGAGUCGAGUGGCUACGCUGGAAUCCGAAUCCUCUGCGGCCUCUGCUCGUACCAGCCGGCUGUCAGGAACUUCGAAUAACAUCAACAUCUAUGGAGCCACUGGAGCUGGAGCUGCUGGAGCUGCUGGAGCUGCUGGAGGUUUUGGGACUGCUGCUGGUGCUGGUAGUGGAGGUGGUAGAGGUACCUCCCACACUGACAACACGCUAUAUCUGGGCGCUGGAGGCGCAUCUGGAAGUUCAGGCUCCAAAACACAAAUCGGGAUAACAGGUGGUGCUGGCGGCUCAACUGGUGGUGGAAACGGCCUUGAUGUCAGCAUAGGAGGUGGUUCUGCUGGGGAAGGUGGUGCAAGUGGAACCAGUGGAGCCAGUGGAUCCAGUGGAGCCAGUGCUGGAGGUGCCGGUACCGUUCUCAGUGGCAGCGCUGGCAGCGGUGGCAGCGGUGGCAGUACUGGUACCCGUGUCAGUGGUGGUGCGGGAAGUUCUAGUGGAACCACUUACAGUGGUUCUGCUGGUAGUUCUGGUACCGUUCUCAGUGGCAGUGCCGGCAGUACUGGUACUGGUUUCGGUGGGGGCACCGGCAGUUCUUCUGGUACCGGCUUCAGUGGUGGCACUGGCUUCGGGACCGGAGUGAGUGGAGGGCACAUGGACGCUGCCGCUUUCCAGAUGAUGAUCCAGCAGAUGUUAAGGACUGAAAUGCAUUCCCAGUCAUACAGAGCUUUUCUAGUGUCAUCAGUGCAGGGAGAGAGAGGACUGCCUGGACCUAAAGGAGAUAGUGGUUUCCCUGGAAUUCCAGGUGCUCCGGGUGCCAUGGGACAUGCAGGCCCUGAGGGUCAGAAAGGACAGAAAGGAAGUCAAGGUGAUCAUGGGCUGGAUGGGACACCUGGCCUCAGGGGUCGCGAUGGACAGACGGGCCCCAGAGGUGAUGCAGGACCUCAAGGCUUUGGAGCGAAAGGUGACAGAGGUUCUCCCGGGGAACCUGGGUCUGUCGGCCCUAAAGGCUCGAGUGGAUCUCCUGGACUUCAUGGAGCACCAGGUCAACCAGGUUCUCAGGGUUUCCGUGGCGAGACAGGGCCACCUGGGCCUAAAGGAGACAGAGGGCUUGCUGGAUUCCAAGGACUUAAAGGUGACACUGGUGAGACAGGCCCCAGAGGUGUGAAAGGUGAUCCUGGUGUACCGGGUGUGCAGGGGCCGGCCGGAGAGAAGGGAUCAAUUGGAUUGUCUGGAGCCGAUGGAUUGAAAGGAUCAAGAGGUGACCAAGGGCAUGCAGGUAUUCCUGGACUCAGAGGUCCUGCUGGACCUCCUGGAGAUGCUGCACCUCCAGGACCACCUGGGCUUCAAGGACCACCAGGGAUACCAGGGAAUCCAGGAAGACCCGGCAUUAAAGGGGAAACAGGUGAAGCUGGAAGAAUCAUCAAUGCAGCUGGAUCUUCUGCUGUCGGCAUCCCAGGACCCCCUGGGCCUGCUGGUCCCCCCGGCCAGACAGGACCUCCUGGAUUAUCAGGUCCAAUUGGCCCUGCUGGUCUGCCUGGCCAACCUGGUGCUAAAGGUGACAGAGGAUUUAGGGGCGAGUCGGGAGAACAAGCAAUAACAUCAAGAACGUCUGAAACCUUGACCUCAAGACAGUUUAACGCCAAUGGAGGAUCAGGAAUACCUGGCCCACCCGGCCCACCCGGCCCACCUGGACGUCCAGGUGACUCAAGACAAGGACCGCCCGGGCCUCCAGGUCCUUCAGGUUAUGGAAGACCAGGGCCUAAAGGAGACAGAGGGGAAUCUGGCUUUUCAUCCAGCUCAGGAACAUUUUAUACUGGACCGCCAGGACCACCUGGGCCUUCUGGGCCUAAAGGAUCAACAGGUUCUCCUGGACCAAGAGGCUAUCAAGGUGAAGCAGGGCAGCCAGGUGUGCAUGGAACCCCAGGAAGAUCGGGUAGCUCAGUAUCCUCUUAUGGUGGAGGACUCGGGAUCCCUGGACCUCCAGGUCCGCCGGGACUUCCUGGAAUACAGGGAAUUAAAGGGGACACAGGAGCUCCGGGUAAUCCUGGCUCUUCAAGAGGCUCCAUCUCAGUCACCUCAGGCCCCCCUGGCCCCGCAGGUCCUCCCGGCCCUCCAGGUCAGCCGGGCUCCUUCUCUUCUUCCAUUGAGAUGCGACAGUACAUCUCUGAAUAUCUGAGUAGAAGCACACAGUCUGGUCUCCGUGGGCUCCCGGGUCCCCCUGGGCCUCCAGGAAUCCCUGGAUCCUUCUCAGGCUCGAUCGAGGACAUCUCCACUCGUAUGAUCGCAUACCUACAACGUUCUGGCUCAGGGCUUAGUAUUGGGGUUCAGGGUCCUCCUGGACCACCUGGCCCCCCAGGACAUGGCUCCGGUUCCCUGACAGUCAGUGGGCUCAUCGCCAUGCUUCAGAGAGAGGAUGUGAGGAGGUACCUGUCCGGACCACAAGGCCCACAAGGCCCACAAGGCCCACCGGGACAACCAGGGACUUCAGGGUCAUCAGGAGGAUUUUCAGGCAGUUUCAGUGUGGAGGAGAUAGCCACAUAUGUCUUCAAGAUCAUGAAUGACAGAGGGAUUGCUAGAGGUCCACCCGGGCCGCCCGGUCCAGCUGGUCCGUCUGUUGCUGUGGGCUCCGGCUUCUCUACGACUUCGAUUGACUAUUCUGCGCUAGUGAGAAAUUCAGACUUCCGCGCUUGGAUUUCCUCCGCCGUACAACAAGGUCUUUCUGGUCCCCCUGGCACCCCAGGACAGCCUGGCCCCCCUGGGCCUCAGGGGCCACCAGGAGUCUCCACCGCCACUGUGUAUGGGGCUGGAGGAAGUGGAUACAGCUUGGAGGACAUUCAGCGUUACUUGCAGGGUUCUGGCUUCAGAGGUCUUCCUGGCCCUCCUGGUCCACAGGGACCAGUGGGUCCACCAGGCAGCUACUCCGGGUCAGUUUCCUACAGUGGAAACUUUGGUCGGGAGAGCAUCCGCGCUGAAGUCCAGCAGUAUCUGACCAGUGACAAUGUUCGUCGCACCAUCAUCGGACCUCCGGGUCCUCCAGGGCCUAGGGGUCUGAAGGGAGAGCGUGGAGAGUCGGGCUACAUCCAGAGCCGCACGCAGAGCCAUGGCCAGAGCAAUGGCCAGAGCAAUGGCCAGAGCAAUGGCCAGAGCAAUGGCCAGAGCCAGAGCCAGAGCCAGAGCCAGAGCCAGAGCUACGCUCAGGGUGACUCUCGAUUCGGCUCCGAGUACAGAAACAUCGAUGUCAGCAACCUGGACUACUCCAGCGUCGCCAUCCAGGUUUCAGACUACAUCAAGAGUCAAGGCCUGCUGCAGGAGUAUCUGGUUGAGGGUCCUUGGAGGGCGCAUGUAAGAGCGAUUCAAGGCCCUCCUGGUCCACCUGGCCCUGUCGGACCACCGGGCCAGAGCCGCGUCAUCGGGGCCUAUGGCAACGUCACAGCUGAUCUCAUGCAGUUCUUCAGAACCUAUGGCACCAUCGCGGGCCCUCCUGGAGAGAAUGGACUCAGGGGCGAGAGGGGUUAUCCAGGACCGAGGGGAGAGAAAGGUGAUCCUGGGCGCCCAGGUUUACCAGGACUACCAGGGUCAUACGCUGUCCAAAUUCCACACAGAGUGCAGAAGAGGGAUGCAGGCAAUGAAAUGGUUGCUCGUCGUCGUCAGAAGCUUCGCCGUCACGCAGGCAGUGGUUAAACACACCACUGGGUCACAUUUCAUUUUUACUAACUUUUUUUUAGGUGUUCAACUGAAGCAAUGCAAGUAGUCAAAUACCUCUUUAUUGUUGCCAUCUGUAGAAUCUUCACAGGACAAUUUGAGGAAAUAAAAUGAUGCAUUAAGUCUCUUUAAUUAGCUUUAGCAGCGGUGUGGAUUUUAGCUGCUGGUCAGUGUCUUUGUUACACAGACUUCUUUUUUACAUGUGGGUGUAUAAUGUUUACUUUGCUUGGUUAGAAGCUUGCAAACUCUUUUUCCAGGGAUAUCAUUUCCAACUGCUCGUGUACCUUGCGUGUUUGGUGUAUUUUAUUUUUUAUUCAUUGAGGAUUAUAUUGUUUUGAGAACUAUACAAGUGUUAAAUGUUGUGUCAAGGUCACCCUUCAAUGUUUUAUAACAUAGUACAAUAUUGUCACUUUAUCUACAUAAAUUAAGCUAGCAUUCAUCCUUUAAGACCCUUGAAAAUGAUUCAUUCAUCCCAUAAAAAUAACAACAUCAUAAACCUAUAAAUAUAAAUAUAUAUAUAUAACAUGCAACAUACCAGUCAGAGUGAGGGGGAUUUUUGCAGCAGAGAGGGGAGUUAUGUUACAGUAAAUGUCGCUGUGGUUAGGACUGAUGAUUUACUUGAAAGAUAUGUUUGUUAAAAAUUAAGAAGAAUAAAUUACAUUUGUGUGGUUGAAAGAUAGAUGAUCACGACAAAACGUUUGAUUGGAUUGUAUAUUUUUGUAUGAGAGAGCACUGAAAUUGAUAUAUUUGCUUUAUACCUAUAAGUGUUCCCAGAUUAUGUUUUACAUUAUUGAACUUAUUGACUUUUGAUCAAUAUAUAUAUCUAUAUAUAAAAGACACACAAUAAAUCUAUUUUUGGACUUGGGAGUGUUGAUACUUUUAUGAAUUAUCUAAAAAUAAUUAACUUUCAGGUGUCUUUUAAGGCUGUUGUGUGUCAAGUUAUCAGUCAAUGCAAAAUUUCCAACAAAAAAAGAAAAUCUAUUUUUUGAAAAUUUGAACAUUGAACAUAUUUUGAUAUAAUGACGUCACAUUGAGUUAGAACAUUCUGAAUCUCCAUCAAAGUAUUCAUUUAAAAUAAUAGAUGGACUAGAACCCAGUCAAAAGAGGUGUGUCCUAUUGGCCAGUAUAGUCCUAAAUUGCUGCAGUGAUGAUAUGAUAUGGAAGCAAAAAAACUCAUUUAAACUGAUGAUUUUUUUCUUUCAUUAAAAAGGUUAAAUAAACCGAAAUAAAAAGACUAAAACCGAUAUAAAGAGACGUGUCCUGCAUUGAUUUGGAAUCACUGUGUUUAUAUGACAUGGAAGCUUAAUUAUGUAAUAAAGAUCUUACGCUAUACUUUGUCACAAUAAAAAAAGACAUAAAAGUCACCAAGAAACGUCACAGAAAAAGUGUGUCAUGAAAAGUCCUUAAAGGACAAAAUAUAAUUUGUGACAAAAGUCACUAAGUGUUUAAGUGUUUGAAAGGUUCAAUUAUAAGAAGGUAUUUUUCACAGACAGUUCAACUUUGAAAUCAACAGUCAAUAUUUUAUUUACAACAAUUAAAUGUCAAUUUAUAAAGACACUUUAAAUACAUUUGAUCUGACAUGAAAAUAACAUUACUGUUGUAGAAUGACAAGUCUUUGAAAUGCUGUAACUUAACAAAAUAAAAAAAUACUUUAAAUCUAAGGGGAAUGUGACUCACAAGAUAGUGUCCCUGUACCCGAUAAAAACCCAGCAUUCAUGACGCAACAUCUGUUAAUGUCAGCAUACAGAAAACAUGACAUGCAUUGAUGAUACGCACCGACAAAAUAAAAUAAUCAUGAAAUCUC